AGUUUUUCUGGUCUAAUAUUUUGAUAUCAGCCAUUCAGGCUGUUGCCUGUCAUUUCGUAAAUAGAUCCUUUUUGGCUAUUUGAUAAAUACUGUAAAUAUUACAGUAAAAUUAAAUCACCACAUCUUAUUCUCAAUUCAUUAAAUAUUAAUAUCAGAAACUAAAUUUUACAACAUCAUGGGGCAGGUUAUGGGAAGUUUUAAUAGCCGACAUCUAGACUUAAAAAUGGAUGAUAAACCGACUUUUAAUUCGCACGAUGGGUUUUCAUACGAAAGAAAACAGCGAGAAAUGGUAGCCAGCGAAGAAGAUUUAAUUUCUGCAAAAAUUCCUCCAAAGUAUCGAGACUAUUGUGCGCAUUACUUGUUGGAAUAUCAAGUAUGCCGCUAUAAGAAUAUGCCACUUGUUUACAAAUGUGCUCAUGAGAAACACGAUUAUUUAAACUGUGAACACCAGGAUUAUGUUCUAAGGAUGAAGGAGUUUGAGCGUGAACGUCGUUUACGUAUUCGGGAAAAUCGUCUUGUAGGAGUUGCUUAAUCAUGAUUAACAAAAAUCACCUGUAAAUAAAGAAAUAGAUUGAUUUAGGU